CAUAAAUAUUGAAAUCAUAUGUAUAUCAUAAUGUCAUAGUAACACACUUAGGCGGAUAUAUAUAUAUAUAAACAUAUAGGGAACUAAAUAUAUGAUGUAUAUGUGUUUGUACUCACUCAUGGUCUAACCGACAUAAACUAAGCCUUAGCGAAUAAUACAGUCUAUCAUUUACUCAAUAUCCAUAUUAUGUGUAAUAAUAAUAAUUUUUAUCACUACUGUUAUUAUAUUAUCUCCGUUUCCCAACGAUUAGCUGGAGGAGGGGUGUAUUACAGUUGAAUGAGCACAGAUACAAAUAAUGUGCAUAAGUAUAUACAUAUAUAUGUCUAACUUUUAUAUUAGAUAUGCUUAUAUAAGACCAAUAAUAUUCUAUGUGAAUGAUAUUAAAAUUAACUAAAUCCAGUUGGUUAAAUCUAAUUCUUAAUCAAAAGAAAAUAAGGAAAAAGAAAUCUUUUUUUUGGUGACUGAUUCAAUUCAUAGAGUGGGUCAGUAUAGAAGAUAAAAUUAUGUUUUACUAAUACAUAUGUGAUUUUAUUUAUUUAUUUCUUCUGUCAGUUUGUCAACAAGGUUUAGAUACUACACUAUACUAUACCAUACUAUACUAUACUAACCAUACCAUACUGUACUAUACCACACUAUACUACACCAUACUAACCGUACUAUACUAUACUCAUCAUUCAAUAAUAUGACUAUACAGACUACAUUAAACUUACAAAAGUUCAUUUAACAUUUCAUUACAUAAUUAAUAAAACAUUAUAAUCCUGUAACCAACCAAACAAAAAAAAUUGAUUAAUGAACAUUACUUUUCGUUGAUUAUUCAUUAUUGGCGAUCAGUUUGUGUGUGUGUGUGUGCGUGAAAAUAAACAUAAACAUAUCGAUUAUUUGUUUAUUUAUUUAUUUUGUUUAUAUAUGUGUGUGCAGUUAACAAUCAUCUUUUGUAGUAGUUGUCGUUGUUGCUUGUGAAUUCUUUGGAUAAAAAUAUUACAUCAUUAAAAGAAAUAAAAAUCUUUUGAAGAAAUUGAUUGUUUUAUUAAAUCAAAAUUAUGGGAAAUUUUGUUGGACCAAGAAAAAAAUUAUCAAGAGAAGAUUUAACAUUUCUUAAAGAGAAUACACAUUUUACCAAACGACAAAUUAAACAAUGGUAUAAUGGAUUUAUACGUGAUUGUCCAUCAGGUCAAUUAAGUAAAAAGAAAUUUAUUGAAGUUUAUUCUGGAUUUUUCCCUGAUGGUAAUGCUGAAAAAUUUUGUACACAUGUAUUUCGUACAUUCGAUAAAGAUAAUUCUGGUCGAAUUGAUUUUAAAGAAUUUUUAUUAGCUAUUAAUAUAACAUCAGGUGGUGAUCCAGAAGAGAAAUUAGAAUGGGCUUAUCAAAUGUAUGAUAUUGAUGGUAAUGGUACUAUAGAACGAACUGAAAUGGUUGAAAUUAUUCGAGCUAUUUAUUCAAUGCUUGGUACAGAUAAUACAGCUGUGGAUAUUAGUCCAGAAGCUAGAGCUGAAGAAAUAUUUGAAAAAAUGGAUGAAAAUGGUGAUGGUGUAUUAACACGUGAAGAAUUUAUGAAAGGAUGUAUGGAAGAUAGUCAACUUAAAGCUAUGCUAUUAGCUGAUGAUCCAAUUGAAUAAAAAAAAAAUAAAGAGAACAAUCAUUAUAUAAAUCAACAAUAACACAUCCAAAAUGAAUCAUCUGUAAACAAGCAAACAAACAAAGAAUUCUAUAACUAACCAUUUCUCUUUAGCAUCAUCAUCAUUAUCAUCAUCAGUAUAGAUUAUUCAUAUUCAUGUAUUUUUCGAAUUAGCGUAUUCUACAGCGUGUUAGUAUUCUAUAUGAGAUAGAGUCACUAACUUUAUACCCAACCCACCCCUUCUUUUUUAUCCGAGCUUAGGACCGGCAGUAGUUCCAGAGGUCCUCCAGGUGGAAUUCAUAUACAUAUAUAUACAUAUAUAUAUUCUUCUAAAUAAUGUUUCAUAUCUUUCUCAUAUUUGUUUUAAUAAAUUUUAAAAAAUUUUCAGGCGGUUCAUUCAAAACUUCACGAUACAUGAAAUUUCCUUAUCUCUUUUUUUCUUUUUUUUUUGAAUAUUUACAUAUUUCAUUGAAUCUAUUCAUAUAAAAAGUAUAUUAUAAUUAUGUAAUACACAUUUCAUAUAGACAUUUAUAUAAAUCCAUUGAAUAGAAUGAAUCAAUAUAUUAAGAGUGAAUAAUAAUACAUAUGCCAUAGUAACCGUUUAUUUCCUUUAAUCAUUUCUUGGAUGACGUUUAGUGAUAUUCAUGCCUAGUUCAUUUAAUUGUUUAGUUGCUAAGGUGAUAAAUGUAUUUUUGGUAUGAGUUUUCUUCUUUUUUUUCUUUUCUCGUUUUUUUUUGUUUUUGCUUUUCAAUUUCUUACUCUAAUUCAACAUCAUGAUGACACUUACACAAAAAAAAGAAAAACACCAACAAAAAAAACACGAUGACGUAACAUCUUUUCUUUUAAUCUUAUUCUCUAUUCAUCAAUCAUCAAUGAUCCAUUGAAUAUAGGAUCAUUAUAGAAAAGUUUCAUAUGAUGAUUAAAUGGAAGAUUUUAUUCUAGAUAAAUUACAUUGACAAGAUUUCUAAUCUAAAUUUAUAAUUGUAGAAUUAAACAAUAGGGCAAACUAACUAUUCAAAAUACCUUCAAGUUUCAAUAGAUUCAUCAUAUUACCUAUUGAAAUGAUGAUCAUAUCCACACACACACACACACACACACACACACACAAACCCCUUCUUUCUGAUGAUUACAUAAUAAAUAAACAUUGGAUUGUUUGGUUUUCUUUCUCUCUCUCUCUCUCUCUCUCUAUAUAUAUAUAUAUAUAUAUAUAUAUAUAUAUAUAUAUUGGUUAACUUGUUUAUUAUCAGAAGGGGUUUUGUGUAACAUCAAUAUAGAAACAAUAAAUGACUAUUCAAUCAGUAUUUGUAAGAUUUGAUAAUUGUGCAUUUCUUUUCUCUCGUUUUUUUUUGUUUUUUUUUUAAAAAAAAGAAAAACUUUAAGAAAACAGGGUAAACUUUUUCAAAAUAUACCAUUCCCCCCCUCUCACUCACUCACUCAUUGUUACUCACUGACCCUCACUCACUCACCCACUAACCCACUCACUCACUCGCUCACUCAUUCUUACUCUCGUUAUUAUUAUAAAUGAAACCUUAAAAUGUAUAUUUUUUUUCGUUUGUCUUACAUAACUCAUUAAAUUUUACUCAUAUUCUUAUUAUUAUUGUAAAUAAUUGAUUAUGUAAUCAAGCAUAGUAACAAAAAUAUCCAUUCUAUUCUUAUUGUAUGAAUAUAUACAUAUAUACAUUUGAUUGUAUACAAAAUAAAAUUGAG